AUGCGAAUAAAUCCGCGAGGAAUUCCCAAUCAACAACUCAUUUAUCUUGCCAAUUGGCCCAUCGAGGAGCUCCUCGCCGAUGCUCGAAAGUGUGCCAUUUGGCUGUGUGUCACGUAACCUCGCUCACCGUUUUUCCCUCAACGUUUUGUUUUGGUUUUGAAAAAUGGAUUUCAGAAUGAUAACCACCCUGCUUUGCCUAUCAUUGGCCACCUUGGCAUCGUGCCAGGGAAACGCCGCCGAUCCGAAAGAGACCAAUUACAAGAAGUUCAUCGGAGAGCAGGACUACGUGAGUACGGGGGAGAGUUCUUGAACAUUGGGUCAUCUUCAGAAGCUUCCGUUCAAGACCCGCGUCAGUGAGCCACUGGCCGUCGGACAGACCAUCCACGCAGUCGGAACCCUCUCGGACAAGCCCACCAGAGUCGACUUCAACUUCCACAAGGGAUCCGGCAAGGAGGCCGACCUCCCACUCCACUUCUCCAUCCGUUUCAACGAAGGUAUCCAAAAAAUCCAGUGAGCGGUUCGAUUGAAACCGUCAUUUAGGACUUCUUGGAAGCGGAAAGCUCAUCUAUAACACUUUCGAGAACGGAAACUGGUCGGAGAACGAGCAGAGAAUCAGCAAUCCGUUCAAGGCCGGACAAGAGUUCGACCUGCGCGUUCGCAUCCUCGAGGGCAAGUUCCAGGUUUUCGCCAACCGUGCCGAGAUCGGAGUCUUCACCCAACGCCUCCCACUCGACGGAGUGAGUUGGACAAUGAAUAACUUUUGAGCGUGGGCGUUUCACAUUCAGAUCGACCACGUCUCGAUCCGCGGAGAUCUGUCGAAGCUCCGUCUCUUCCACUACGGCGGCAGAAUCUUCCCGAACCCGUACAUGGCGGUCGCCGGACUCACUCCCGGAAAGAGACUCGACAUUUCCGCUCUGCCGAAGGGUAAGGACCCUGAAUCUGACGAUAUCGAUAAUAAUAAGUGCAUUUAAGGAAAGAGAGUCAACAUCAACCUGUACCGUGAGAACAAGGAGUACGCCCUUCAGGUCUCGAUCCGCUACAACGAGGGAGCCGUCGUCAGAAAUGCGAUGACGAGCAACGUGUGGGGCAAGGAAGAGAGAGACGGAAAGCUGACUUUGGACAAGAAGCAAGUCUUCGACAUCACCAUCAUCAACGAGGAGUUCUCCUUCCAAAUCUUCCUCAACAACCAGAGAUUCACCACUUUCGCUCACCGCGGCUCUCCGUCCGACAUCAAGACUCUCGAGAUCGACGGAGACGUCGAAAUCCAGACGGUCACCAUCAACGACGCUCCGGGAGUCUAA